AUGAGUCAACUUCGUCUGCGCGUCGAGGGACAAACAUUCCGAGAUUCUCUGAAUCGAGAAAUCAUCCUUCGGGGAAUAAAUGUGGCAGGUGACGCAAAAUAUCCCCAAACUCCGGAUCUCAGAUCGCACAACCCCGAGAAGUUCUUCGACGCAGAUGUAUCAUUUGUGGGAAAGCCGUUCUCCCUCAAAGAUGCCGACGUACAUUUCCGACGCCUCCGAGGAUGGGGAUACAACACGAUUAGAUAUAUCUUCACUUGGGAGGCAAUCGAACACGCUGGUCCUAAGAUCUACGACGAGGAAUGGAUCGACUUCACCGUUGAAAUUCUUCGCGUCGCCAAGAAAUACCAGUUCUACAUUUUUAUGGAUCCACAUCAAGACGUAUGGUCUCGAUUAUCAGGAGGAUGUGGAGCACCUACAUGGACACUCUACGCCGCGGGAUUAAAUCCUAGGAAUUUCAAAAAUACACAGGCUGCCAUCGUUCAUAACACGUGCAACAACCCUGCAGAGUUCCCCAAGAUGCUUUGGUGUACGAACUACACUAGGUUGGUCUGCCAGACGAUGUUUACUCUGUUCUGGGCAGGUCGAGAUUUUGCACCGAAAGCGAUUAUUGAUGGUGUGAAUAUUCAGGAUUAUUUACAAACCCACUUUAUUGCGGCAUGCAAACACCUUGCACAGAGAAUCCAAAACGCUGGUGAUCUUGAAGGAGACGUGAUCAUUGGAUGGGAAAGCAUAAACGAACCGAAUAGAGGACUGAUCGGGAUUCAAGAUAUUUCCACAAUCCCACCAGAGCAGCAACUCCAGCUCGGGACAUCUCCAACGGCGUUUCAGGGUAUGGUACUUGGCUCCGGGCGGUCCUACGAGAUAAAAACCUGGGCUUUCGGACCCUUUGGCCCAUACCAGACAGGGACGGAAGUUAUAGAUCCAAAGGGUGAACCGGCAUGGCUCCCCGCUGAAUACGAUGAUUCUCAAUAUGGCUGGCACCGUGAUCCUGGCUGGAGGCUCGGCGAAUGCCUUUGGGCACAACACGGAGUUUGGGAUCCAUCUAAAAGCCAAGGCACCCUGAUACAAAAGGACUACUUUUCAAGGAACCCAGUGACUGGCAAGGCUCUUGACUACGAGGGCUUUACAAACUCUUACUUUUUGAACCAUUACCGAGCCUACAAGGACGCUAUUCGCGGCGUGAACGGAAGUACUAUCCUGUUUUGCCAACCCCCUGUCAUGGAGGUACCGCCAAGCAUCAAGGGUACCGCCGAUGAUGAUCCGAACAUGGCUCAUGGGGUUCACUUUUAUGAUGGUCUGACUCUGUUAACGAAGCACUGGAAUCGACUCUAUAACAUAGAUGUUAUCGGGGUGCUCCGGGGCAAAUAUCUUGCACGACCAUUCGCAAUGAAAAUCGGCGAGAGAUCAAUUCGAAAAUGUCUACGUCAUCAACUCAGGUUCCUGCGCGAUGAAAGUCUCCAACUCAUGGGUGAUCAUCCCCUCGUCUUUACCGAGAUUGGCAUUCCGUAUGAUAUGGAUAAUAAAUAUGCAUAUAAGACUGGAGACUACAGCAGCCAGAUCAGAGCAAUGGAUGCCAACCAUUUUGCGCUAGAAGGCAGCAAGUCUAAUGGGUUUUCUUUAUGGGGCUAUAUGGCAGCUCAUGACCAUGAAUGGGGCGAUCAGUGGAAUGGGGAGGAUCUUUCCAUAUUCUCACCGAAUGAUUUGGAAGCUCCUAUCAGAGCCUCUUCCGAUUUAACUAGGGUCGAUUCCAGAGGGCGGUGUAUGGAUCAUGUCGAUGCGGAAGAUGAGGAGCUUGGCUCGAUGAAGACUUUGACACCCCCGUCCCCCUCGAGUAAUCUCUCCCGGACCACCCUUCAGCCGCAGCAGGUCCACAGAGCAGCAGAAGCAUAUCUCCGCCCCACUCCGAUCCACGUAAAUGGGCGAUUAAAGAGUUACGGGUUUGAUUUGAAGACGUGUACCUUUACCAUGAGAUUGGUCGCAAAUCAGACCACGCCUGACGCCGCCCCGACUGAAAUAUACCUGCCUGACUUUCAUUUCCCAACGGGAGAGACAUCGGUUGUGGUGAGUGGAGGGAGGUGGGAGAUAUGCCUUUUGGAAUUCCAUACGGUCAAGCUUCAAUACCUACGAUGGUGGCAUGGCAAAGGGAAAGCGGAGAUCAAGAUCAGGACGAAGAAACGCAGACGAGGGGAGUAUGCUGCUCCGCAAAAACGACACAGGACUCCAUGCAUGAUAAUGUGA